AUGAGCACUUCAACAUUCUACAACAACAAUAACAACAACGCACCUAAUUUUAUGAUGGACAACACUGAUCAUCAUCUAGAUGUAUCUUUCUCAUCCAGCGGUAGUUUUGAAGAUUCACCAACUCGGGUCAAGGGUCAAAACCCAUGGGGGACAUCAUCAAAUAGAGCUUCUUCGCCAUCCUUUGAUGUUAGCAACCGUGAAAACGCAACAACAACAGCAACAACAACAACAACUGGUCAUUCGUACAGCAACGUUGGCUUUCAGAUGCCACAUCCUUCCAGCAUCGUAGCACUUGACUGCGAAAUGGUUGGAGUUGGCAAACAUGGGGACAGAUCAUCGGUUGCUCGUGUGACCCUGAUCGAUUGGGAAGGGAAUGCAUUGAUAGAUAGCUAUGUUAUUCAAAAACUACCAGUGACAGAUUAUCGAACUUUUGUAUCGGGAAUUACUAAAGAUAACUUGGAAGGGGCAAGUAUGACGUUGGAACAAUGCAGGGAGCAAGUUUCACGUCUACUUUACAAUCGUAUUCUAGUGGGACAUGGCUUGAAGAACGAUUUGGAUGCCUUGGGGAUCAAUCAACCAUGGUGGUUGACACGGGAUACUGCUACUUAUCUUCCAUUCAUGAAGAAGAGAGCCAACAACCUAGCUUGGUGGCCUCGCAAGCUGAAGGAACUAUCUUGUGAGAAAUUGGAACGGGAAAUCCAAGUAUAUGGCAAGCCACACAGCCCUUUUGAGGAUGCUUUGGCCGCUUUGGAUUUGUACAAAACGGUGCAAGCUGUAUGGGAACAAGAGAUUUACACCAGUCUCAUGAAGACCAACAAAUUCAAGCAACAACAUCUGACAGACCAACGCAUGGCAUUGAUGCAACGCCAGAACAACAACCAUAACAUGUACCACAGCAAUCAUCAUCGUCACCACUACCACAACAACAACAAGCACUACCGCUACAAGUACCACCCAAGCAACCAGCAGCAACGUUACUACGUGCCUCAACAACAACUUGUACAAUAA